AUGGAUGUCACCAGAGUUCCUCAAUCCAUGCAAAUUGUCUUUGCUCUCUUCUUCCUGCUCUUCCAAGCAAGAGAGUUCAGUUGCUGCCAUGAUACAGAGAGGCAGUCGCUCUUGAAGUUCAAAAGAGGAAUCACUGCAGGCCAAUUGUCCUCUUGGGUCGGCAAGGACUGCUGCUCAUGGCCAGGAGUCGGAUGCAAUCACACCACUGGACACAUUAUCCACCUGAGCCUCCAAAAUAUAGGAUUGGAAGGUGAGAUCAGUCCUUCCUUAGCCGCCCUUGAGCACCUCACCUACUUGGAUCUUAGUUCUAAUGGCUUUGAAGGUCCCCUUCCUAUAUUCAUGCAUUCAUUUCAUGACCUGAGGUACCUUAAUCUCUCUAAUUUGUAUCUCGAAGGAUCGAUCCCUCACCAACUUGGGAAUCUGUCAAACUUACGUGUCCUUGAUCUCUCAUUCAACUCAUUGCUCCUUGACAACUCGCGGUGGCUUUCGAGGCUUGCCUCCUUGCAGCACCUCGACUUGAGCGAUAUCAGCUUCGCGAGAGGGGUAAAAUGGCUGCAAGCACUGAACAAGCUCCCUUCCCUCGUCAAACUGAUAUUAUAUCAGUGCAUUAUUCCAGAUCAUAUCCUCCCCUCUCUUCCUCAUCUCAACUUUACAUCUCUUACCACACUUGAUCUGUCCUAUACCUAUUUCAAUUCUACUCUUCCUGGGUGGUUGCUCAAUUUGACUAGCUUGGAAUUUCUCUACCUCGGAGGAAACUACUUUUCUAUUCCUUUUCCAGAUGCUAUAGAGAAUAAAGUCUUUCUGAAAGAAGUCGACCUUUCCUAUAAUCAUUUCAUUCAUGGUGAUCCUUCAGUCAGAUUAGAGGAGCACUGUCAGCUACAAGUACUUUCUUUAUCCUGGAUGAACAUUACCGGAGACUUAAACCAAUUUAAAGGAAUGUUUAGCGGAUGCAUCAGGGAGAGUUUGAGGAGUCUGGACCUCGGUGGCAACCAAUUGAAUGGCAGUUUGCCGGAAUGGCUAGGAGAAUUCAAGAAUUUGGAGUCUCUUCUCCUCUACUCAAACUCAUUCUCAGGUCCAGUGCCAGCUUCUCUUGGUCGGCUCUCCUCCCUCCAGAACUUAAUGCUCUGGGAUAACCAACUGAAGGGCAGUGUCCCAGAAAGCCUGGGAGGCCUUUCAAGCCUUGCUAACUUGGUUCUUCGAAGCAACUCUUUGGAGGGUGUGGUGUCUGAAAAGCAUUUUGCUAACAUGACAAAGUUGAGGCAACUGGACCUGAGAUAUAAUUCUUUGGCUGUGAAAGUGAAAUCAGACUGGGUUGCUCCUUUUCAGUUGGAGAAAAUUCUUCUGGGUUCUUGCAGACUGGGACCUCAGUUUCCCACCUGGCUGAAGACCCAGAUUAAUUAUUCUUGGCUCGACUUAUCUUACACAGGGAUUUCAGAUGUCGUGCCACACUGGUUCUGGAAGCUAUCGUCUAACUUUGGGCAUUUGGAUCUAUCACACAAUGAGUUAAAAAGUAUGGUUCCAAACAUGAUGCACAUUAACCUUACUUUGCCAUUUUCCAUCGACUUGAGCUCCAAUUUCUUUGAGGGCCCUGUGCCUCUUUUUCCUUCGAAUUUGGACAGCUUGGAUCUGUCAAAUAAUUCCUUUUCAGGUCCAAUACCUGAAAUCAUAGGCACAGCCAUGCAGAGUUUGUACUUUUUCUCUCUUUCAAUGAACAAUAUUGAGGGUCCAGUGCCCUCUUCUAUGUGCAGAAUGACAAAAUUACGUGCUGUUGACCUCUCGAGAAAUCAUCUCUCGAAAGAGUUGCCUAAUUGCUGGCAAGAUCUAACAGAUUUGGCAGUUUUCGACAUGUCGAGCAACAAUCUCACCGGAGUGCUACCUAGCACAGUUUGUUCCAUAAAAGCUCUGCUGUCUCUGCACUUGGAAAACAACAACAUGAAUGGGAAUUUACCCAUCUCCAUGAAGAACUUGACAAGACUCAGAACACUUGAUCUCGGAAGCAAUGAGUUCACUGGAGGUAUUCCUUCCUCGAUUGGACAUGGACUGCCACAUCUCAAGAUUCUCAUCCUUCGAUCGAAUAGGUUCCAUGGUCAUAUUCCACCUCAGCUGUCAAACCUCUCUUCUCUUCAGAUAUUGGAUUUAUCACACAAUAGUUUCUUAGGAACUAUACCUCCAACCUUUGGCAACUUCAGCUCCAUCAGAAUAUCGCCUAAGAGUCUGGGGGAGAUCGUCGAUGUUGGCUCCUACACGGAGACCAUUUUGUUGGUAACUAAAAACCAAGAGAACUUCUAUGACAAAUUGCUUUCCAUAAUGACAACCUUGGACCUUUCAGAUAACAACCUGUCCGGCCAAAUUCCUGAACAAAUCACGUCUCUUUUAGGCUUAUGGAAUUUGAAUUUGUCAGGAAAUCAUCUUACCGGAGAGAUCACUCACAAGUUCAGUCAGCUAAUCGAGCUGGAGUCUUUAGACUUGUCGAGAAACCAGCUCUCAGGUUCCAUUCCACCAGCAUUGUCCAAUUUGACCUUUCUGAGCCACUUCAAUGUGUCCUACAACAACUUGACAGGGAGUAUUCCAUCAGGAAACCAACUGAAUACCUUCACUGAUCCAUCUGCAUUCAUGGGCAACCCGUUUCUUUGCGGCUUUCCUUUAAACAACUCUUGUGACAAGGUAGUAACUGACGAGCCAGCUUACAAGAAUGAGAUCAAGACGCACAAUCAUGAUGCGAUUUGGUUGUAUAUCAGUGCGGUGCUAGGAUUUGUGCUUGGAUUCUGGGUAGUGUGGGGGGUCCUCUUGUUCAGCGAGGCUUCCCGGCAUUCAUAUUUCCGUGUUGUGGAUGACUUUUUUGAUCGUGUGUAUGUUUCAGUCGUCUUAAACUUUAGAUUGAUCAAAAGGAAGGUGUGGAAUAGAAAACAAGGUGUCGCUUAG